UCCAUACUUUUGCUCGUCAGGUCUCUAAAGGCAGAUGAAAAUGAUAACCUAGUAGUAAAAAAAAUAGUAUUUAUAUAUUCAAAAGAUAUACAAAACAAAUACUGUACAAAAGAUCUGACUACUGGCCAUUCUCUCGCAGUGUGUACAUUGCCCUAAGGGAAUAACAGAAAAAGAUCUGAAAACUUUCUUCACGAAAGUUCUCAACAGGAGCUCGGAACUGGAAUUGAACGCUGGUCUGCAGCUGCUCCGGCGCUACACAGACGCCACCUUGCGGGAUGCCAAGCUCAGGAUUAUCGGUCCUUGGGGAGAAGUGUGCUUCGUUGCCGGGACUGGAAAAAAUAGCCUCUGCAUCAAAGUUGAGUCGUCUGUGUAUCCUCUCAGAGGUAGUCUGCAGAAUCUGUUCCUGGGAUUCUUUCGGCUGUUUGUUGCAAUGGCAGCGCUACUUCAAGGGGCUUCUGUAGUCCUGACAGUUAAAGAAAGGUCCACCUUUUCCUUUAGGGGAAUGUCACAGUCGGAUGUCUUCUUGCAUUUGUUGUAUUUCAUGUACCUGCUGCUGCGCCUGAGUGUGGCCCUUGUUGUUGUCAUGGACACCAUGAACGGCUCGCAGAUACUGUUAGGGACUUGGCCGGAGUAUGACAAAGAGGAAGGAAAAGAACUCGACAAAAGUUUGAGAAACCAUGUGGGAGGUAAACCAAUGGAAGAGGGUGGUGAAGAGUGCACUCAGGGAGUAAAGAAACAGCUGGAAAGCAUCGCAUCCCGGAGUUCAUUAGAAAAGACGACGAGGAGCCAGCAAAACGGCGACAACCUACCAACCACCAGUGGCGACUUCUUGGUGGACUCAGACGUCGUUAACGAUGGAAUCGCACGUUGUCGGACAUCGUCCGGUGGACAGCGUGGACAAGACGGCCAAGCCUUGUCGACACUGCUCCCACCAGGCGUCAGAUGGUUGUCUCGCGCAGGGCUCUAUCUCACGCUCGCCUCCUCUGGUUCCGGAACAAAGAGGGCACAAGGGGCUGUGGCAGGUCCACUGCCGAUCUUUGGACACUGCGUCGUCAGCAUCGCGCUUGAUUAUUCAGGCUUCUUCCUGUACACCGCAGGAGUUGUGGCCCUGUUAGCAGCAGGCCUGGGGAUCAUUUUCCCUCGAUGGCUGAGGACGCCCUGGGCACGAGAUGUGAUCCGCCCUGACGGUGACACGAACGACCGUCGCCAGACUGCACUCGACGCACGUGCCUCGCAUCUUUGUACAGGACAUUGUAAAACACUGUCCAAAAUAGUCUGCCUGCUGAUGACGAUUGUUAUUGGAGUGGUGCACGUGCUCAGAAUGUCCUCCACGGCGUCCUCAACGUGCUUAACGGCGUCCAGCAUCACGUGCCCGCCUGAAAGAAGCAAAGGCCACUUGCACUCAAGGACGCCCCUAGAUGCUGAAUGUUGCAUGUCCAUUCUGCCACUGCCACCCGUGACAUCUUGUUUUCUGCAGUCUUUGUCAGCAGCGACUUUGUGCGCAUACGCUUCAUCCUGGAUCCUGGCAAACCUCGUCUCCGACCUCACGAGAAGACAACUUAAGAAGGCGUCGGGCUUGUUUGCUUCCCUGCUGUACCUGUGUUGCCUGAGUACCACGUGGUCACGUGAAACCGAAGCAGUGUCCGGUAAUGUCAUGACUAAAGAAGGUCAAAGUAAUGUCACCGUUAGGAUCACAGAUGGGUACAACCAGCCCGCAUCUCCAAACAAUCAACCUGUACUCAAUUCUUCUUCUACAUUAAACAUAGUAUUAUCCUUUCUUGAUUCAGGACUGGCAACACUCAUCUUACUAGCGACAUCUGUAAUUCUUCCCCUCUCUCUUUCCCUGAUCAGUCAGUACCCAGCGCUUAGACAGAUGUUUCAGAAAACAAGAGAAGCACUAAAAGAAAGACAACACGUGAAGUGCAAAAGCCAUUCGGCUAACAAUGAAAAGAAAGGUGAACACCGUUCCAGAUUUGUUUUUUUUAACCUUCUGCAAGCGAUCGCCAUGUUGGUCUCUUUCUGUGGCUUGGGUUUAGUCCUGGUGGCUUUUACUUUGCCUUGGGUAACAGUGAUCACCAAGGCUGCUCCAGGAUUCAGCUCUGUCGUGCACCACCUAAGAAGCUUGUCGACACAGCUAGAGGGUAACAUGGCUGCCAUGGAUGCUCUUUUUAAACUACCCAUCUGUUCUAGGGACAAAGUACGCAUUCUCUCUUCCGAACUGACCCAAUCCCAUAAAUCAAUGGCCGGGAUCCGUGUAGAAGAAAUCGCCAGUUACUGCCAGUCUUAUGUCUGCAAGAACACAUCACACACGGUCUCGAGCCAGAGGCGAGAAAACGAAAGCCACAGAAAUUUGUGCACCAAAUUUUGUUCUACGUUGGCGUUCUUUCAAGAUAAACUAGAAUACAGCCCUUCGCUUCACGAUCCUUUGGCUCGUACGGUGAAAGGCGACAACAAGUCUCAAGAAACGUAUCUGAAGACCGUGAUUCAAGAAGAAAAGGAUCGGAUUCUUCACGAAUUUUCGCCUGGAAGCACGAGGAGCGAGCUUCGGAAGUGGCUGCGUUCGGACGACCAGACAGCCAAGAAAAACGUGUCUGCUGCUCUCGUUCCAGGAAGAGGUCACAAGUUUGGCGCCAAUCAUGGCAAUGGCAGAGCUAGUCCUCAAGAGCGAGGGCAGGUGAGAAAACGUCGGCAGGUUGAAUAUUCGACCUGUAUGCAUACCCUGUGCAUAAUUCGAAGUGUCAGCUUACUGGGACUUAUGUUUCCUGUGAUGGGUUGGAUGUUCAAGGCCUCAUUCCUGACAGUCAAUGCUCUCUUGGUGUUACUCAAGAUAGUGAUCAAAGCCGAGGAGUUGUCUACCGCCAUCAGCGACUUCAGGGUCCUAAUGGACUCGUUAGCACUGUACCUGGAACACAGCCAGGAGGAGCGGACGGUGCACUUCUCCGUCACUAACUACAGUCUGGUUUACCUCGCCUACCCGGCAUUAUUAACGGGUUGUAUUGGGAUUCUGACUGCCUUCUGGCACAGGAGGAGGAUCCCGGACUAUCGACAUCGUCGUUCUGCGUAUGCUGUUGUCUUGCCACUGCUGGUGCUCAACGUUCUCGGUGCGGCUGUCGCAGUGUUCUGGACGCACAUCGUUGAAUCUUUGGUUGAUUUCGUCCCCCUGGUUCAUGUGACAGUUUCUCUCGAGUCGGGUGGCCGGACUUUGCUGGCGGCUUUCGCCUGUGGCGCCUGCUCGUGCUUUAUAUUCUUGAUCUCGGCCAUCGGGCACGCUAGGCUGUCGAAUUUGCAGAAGCAGGACGCCGAUCUCCUGCUUGACCAUCAGCAAUGUUCAAAGCUAGAAAGUGCACAUAACCAGGACAGCUCUCAUCCUCUGCCGAGAGGCGAAAGUUCAGAGUUAACACAAGCUGAACCUGCCAGUGGACGCAGCCAAGACAUUGAAAUAAUUUCCUUUCCCCAGUCGUCUUGUUCAGAUGGUUGGUAUCUAGGUCAUAUAGGGGACCUAGGGGAUUCUUAUCUUGCAGCCACAGACCCUCACAAACUCUCUCACCCUAUAGAAGACACAAGGCUAUCAUCAUCCCAAACAUCUGAACAGCUGGACUGCCCCAGUUUUCGCAGUGACAUCACUGGGGUGCGUAUCAAGAAAGGCUCCGGAUUGUUGACAAACUGCUAUGGCCGUCUUUCCAGUUCUGUGAUGAACUUUCACCGCAAGAAGAAGAUCGACCGCCGCCGUUGGAGAUGUGACGCCACAGAAGCAAGUCGCCCCCUGCCGUCUGGUUGUCGUCCCUGGCUUCUGGCCGUGCUCUUGGCGUGUGGAGGAUGCAGCUUGAUGGUGGCCUGCAUGCUCAUCUCUGUCUUUCACGUGAGCAUCGACCUACACAAAGACUUCCAAGUCCUGUUGGCGCGCCUUGAGCAAAGUGGCAAGGCCGUUGAGUUAGGCCGCCAUGUUUUGAGUCAAGAGGACCUCACGUGUGACGUCAUAGAAGCCAUUGCCCGCGAGGUCCUGCUUCAUUACCUCAGCACGCUACGGGAGAUCGACUUCCAGCCGCUCACGCACGCGAUAAAGGAUCUAGAAGCCAAGAUAAAGAACGACGUGGACACAACCCUCCCUUUCAUCACCGCUCCGUGUCUCGUUAGUCUGGCAACGGCCUCCAUCUUGGUCGUGUAUGGCGCUGCGGCAGCCAAGCUUCUGAGUCCGAGGUCGCGAUCGUUCCUGCCGAUGUCAGCAGCCGCCUCCGGCACUCGGCGUCUGGCGCUGCUGUCGUUGACGUGGUUUUUACACGCAUCCCUCGCCCUCACCGGACCUGUUGCAAACGCUGCCACCCCGGAUGUAGUCGACCUGCAUGUGUACCUGACCCCUGGAUUUGGCCUGGUGAUUGCCGCCCAUGUGACAGUGUUGCUGAGUAAGGUCUUGGUUGUGAAUAUUUAUAUACUUGUAGAAUAACCUGACAAGCAAUGCCCCUAAAGGCCUAAUGCUG